AUGUGGGAGGAAAAUCUGGACGAUAUUGCCGAGAAGGAUGCGGUGGAAGACGAUGUCUUUCACCUCAAACCGGACUUCGUCCUAGACGACGAUGAUUCUGACACCGAUCAGCCAUUAGACACCAAAUACGAGUGUUGGAGAAAGGAAUUCAACGCGGAGUUGAUUUCUCUGUCUGUACAUCCUGCUUUUCCGGAAGUAGCUCAUGUUGCCGUCGGCUCGUGCGACGACACGUGUACGAUAGUCGACCUAUCAUCGCAAGACGGUUGGUUUUGCCCGUCAUGCUUUCGAAUGCGUUCAGGAGGAAGCGACGCCCAGCAAACCUUGCUGGGACCUUUUGAGGAGACCGUGAGUUGCUGCGCAUACUCUCCCGAUGGCGCCUAUUUGUCGCUCGGUUGCAUGGACGGCAGCUUCUUGGUUUACAGCAUCAGUAAUUCGAAGUAUGAUCACCUCUGCACGGUCAACGGGCCCGCUGAUGGCAUCGAAUGGGUUUCAUGGUUGGGUGACUCUAGCGCCGUAAUGUUUGGUGGAUCAGGGCAUACCGUAUACAUUUGGAAUCCGCAAUUGCAGACGACGGCUUGCGUCACUACAACUGACACAAACUCCUGCGGCAAGUUCUGCAUGUACGGCGACAACGCUUUGGCUGUCCUGGGAGGUGACGACGGGCACCUCAACAUUGUGCGUUAUUCGAAUGGCUCCGUGGGUAGCGUGAGUGACGUGCCGCUUGGCAGUGAUUCGGUGACGUGCGUCGACUGUCACGAUACUGUACAGCUGGCUGUGGCAGGGCUGUUCGAUGGGUCCCUGUACUUCGUGGGGCUUUCUAAGAAAAGCAUAUCUGCCUCAUUUUUGGAGGAUCACACCGACACCGUGGAGUCGGUUAAGUUUUGCAGCGGCGCGUCCUCCACGAUGGCGGUGAGUUGCGGUCAUGAUGGCCGAGUUAUUACGUGGGAUUGCGAGCGUAUGACCAAGCUGAACGUCGUGUCGCUGUCGGCGAAGCUGACCCGCAUGGUGUGGGUGCCGUCCGUGUUCGUGGUGGCUGUGAGCAACGUUCGUGGGGAGCUCUACACGUUGAAGAACGGCAAGGUUAUCAAGCACAACCGUCCGCACAAGAAAGUGGUACUGGACCUGGUGACUAUGCCGUGCGAUGACGACGAAUGGGCCCUCCUAUCGGUGUCUGAGGACGGAGCCAUGGUGAUAUGCCGGGAGAUGUUCAGCGAGGAUUAA